CUGAAAUAGGUUCUGCAACUUAUAUAAACAUAUGUUUUAGGGUUCAAUAAAAAGAGAUCAUCGAAGAGGGUGUGCGGCUGCGAGUGAGGAGGAGAGGCGCAGUUCAACCGGACGAGACUACCGGAGAUCUCCAAGUCGUCACUACAACGCAACCAUGGCGAGGGGUUUGAAGAAGCACAUGAAGAGGCUCAAUGCGCCUAAGCAUUGGAUGCUCGAUAAACUUGGUGGUGCUUUCGCUCCCAAACCUUCAUCUGGACCACACAAAUCAAGGGAAUGCUUGCCCUUGAUCCUGAUCCUUCGUAACAGGUUGAAAUAUGCUUUGACUUAUCGUGAGGUUCAAUCUAUUCUGAUGCAAAGGCAUGUGCUUGUUGACAACAAGGUCAGGACUGACAAAACUUACCCUGCUGGUUUCAUGGAUGUUGUCUCCAUUCCCAAAACAAAUGAGAACUUCCGUCUUCUUUAUGACACCAAAGGAAGAUUCAGACUCCACUCAGUCAGGGAUGAAGAAUCCAAGUUUAAAUUGUGCAAGGUAAGAUCAGUCCAAUUUGGGUCAAAGGGGAUUCCAUACAUCAACACAUACGAUGGAAGAACAAUCCGUUACCCUGACCCUUUAAUCAAAGCUAAUGACACCAUUAAACUUGAUCUGGAUUCCAACAAGAUUGUUGAUUUCAUCAAAUUUGAUGUGGGAAAUGUUGUGAUGGUGACUGGAGGAAGAAACACAGGGCGUGUUGGAAUCUUGAAGAACAGGGAAAAACAUAAGGGAAGCUUUGAAACUGUUCACAUUCAAGAUUCAACAGGUCAUGAAUUUGCUACUCGUUUGGGCAAUGUGUUCACCCUUGGAAAGGGAACAAAGCCAUGGGUGUCUCUCCCCAAGGGCAAGGGUAUUAAGUUGACCAUCAUUGAGGAAGCUAGGAAGAGGCAAGCUGCUGUUGCUGCAACUGCUUAGAUCUUUUAAUGAUUUUCGAGAUUUUAUUGCUUUUCAUAGUUUUUGUUAUGUUAUAAUUAUCAUUGUUAAACUUUUUUCAAUUGCAUUUGGUACAAUUUUUGUUAUGGAAGUGUUGAAUUUUGCUA